GCAGCGGCGGGCGCGGAGCGGCCAAUGGCUGCUCGGCGAUGACAUCAUCGGCAGCCAAUGAGCGCGCGGCUGGAUGACGUGAUUGGCUAUUCCGGGCCGGCCGCGAGAUGCUGGCUGGCGCUGGCGGCGCGCAAUGCUAGUACUCGGCCGAUUGGCGCCCACUGAGCAAGCUUCGCAGCAUCGGAGGCUGUGUGUUGGCCCGCUGGCUCGCUCGGCAGCUCGGCGAGCUUCUCUAGAAUGUACAAUUUAAACGUGAACGUGGCGGCGACGGCGGCGUCGACGCUGGCGGCGGCGGAGGGUUCGUGCGCGGCGCCGCGGACGCCGGAGGUGCUCAACUCGGUGAUCGCGAUGAGCAGCGGGCUCGGCAGUCCGUUCAGUUACCCGCACUCGGCGCCGGCCACGCCGAUGGGCUGCUGCGGCGCCGCGCCGCCGGCCGGCGACGACUCGGGCGGAGGCGGCGCCGCGAUGCUGCCGCCGCCGGCGCCGCCGAGCGUGCAGCACACGUGCUCGCAGCUGAUAAAGGAAGGCCUCAAGCUGACCAUCCAGUCCAAGCGGCGCCACCACUCGGCGGAGGCCGCCCCCGGCGGCGCCGCCGACCCCCUCGCCGCCCUCCCCGACGACCCCUCCGCCGCCUACUCCAAGCUCUCGAAAAUGUAUCACCACAGCGUCGGGUCAUCCGGCGAUGACGAGUUGACGACCGAGGACGCGGAGAGGCGGCGGAGACGUCGCGAGAGAAACAAAAUCGCAGCCACCAAGUGUCGUCUGAAAAAGCGCGAGAAAACAGUCAACCUCGUGCAGGAGUCUGAGGUGCUGGACUCGCAGAACCAGGAGCUGAAGGCGCAGAUCAAGAACCUGGAGAGCGAGCAGCGGCACCUGAUGGACAUGCUGACCAUGCACCAGUCGUCCUGCCUGAAGCUGCAGCCGCAGUCCGAGUACGUGGACCCGCACCAGGUUGCCCCCCACCUGAGCCAGCAGCAACAGUUCGCCAACUACUACUCGACGGGCAGCCCCCCGCGGGGCUCGCCGCCCAGUUCGGCGUACCACGUGGACAUGUACUCGGCACAGGGCAUGGACAGCGGCUGCAUAGCCUGACGGAGGCUGGGUUGCCCCCUCCCUGCCCCCGCCGUCGCCCAAACUCGGUCGCAUUCCAGCAGCUGGCCCUGCCUUUCUGACGUCACUUGUCCCUGAAUGACAGGACGCAAAUUUUUUUUUUUGGUAAAAACGUGCUUUGUUUGUGAAUUAAGGGUCCAAAAUCGUAAAUUUAUUUAUACCUGGCCAUAAAAUGGCUUCCUUGCUUAGAUUUCCGGGAUUUAAACCUGUUAAAAUUUUGUUUGUCGCGGAAAAUUGGCCGUUCGGAUGAAUCAGUGGGCGUGGCAAUUUUCCGCAGUCCCUCUUUUGAUUAUCUCGCCUGUCAAAAGACUGAAAUGGUCGCUCGUCCUUCUCUUUGGAGUAUUUUUUAGAACUGCUGAGUAUUAAAAAUUCAUCUGCUGGAAUGCCUUUGGGUUUCGGACACACGCACACGCGCGGCGGCUGGCAACCCUGUUGAUCUGAUAUUGGCCCUUUGUUUCUCCCAGACAAUUCCAUUUGAGUGAUAUUUACAAACGAAGAUAGAUGUUUUUCUAUGGCAAGCUUUCUAAGCACAAUGACUCUGCGAGUGUAAAAACAAUAAUGUCGACGAAAAUGUAUGUAUUUUGCAUUUCACGCGCCAUAUACACAAUUUAGACGAGAGAAAGAAUAUUUUGGAAAGAGAUUUUUACACGUUUUUACCUACGGAAAUGCCAUAUAAUGUUUACAAAUGAUUUGUCACACGCAAAAUCGAGGUGUUGCUGGCGGACCCCGGUAUGUUUACAAACAGCAGCCGCCAUCUUGGCAUCCAAGAUGGCGGCCGUCUGUUGUUAUAACGAGGUCCUCGGCACGGAUUUGCUUUCGGAAACGGCUUUGACGGAAGAGAGAACGACGUGGCUCUAUUUUGAACUCUGGCAAAUGGUUAAAUUAAGAUUUUAAUGAUUAAUUAGUUUUAAAAAAACUGAAGGAACACAAAUACUUCUCCUCUUCCUCGAGCUCCUCUUCAGAAAGCAUCUCCAGCCUGUGUGUAUAAUGAAUUCUGAGCGCUGCCUGAGUGUAUUGUUUAAUAAUUAUUGUUUUCUCUCUGAACACGUGGUGCGCGCGGUGCCAAUUAAUCUCGAACUUGCAUUUCCUGUCAACUCAAAGCUGUGCUUCCAUGGCGACUUUGGAUUUUGAAUGAAGACGCGACGUCCUAUUAUUGUGUUCCAGUCAGUAGGUUUGUAAGGACCACACUAAUCACCGAGAGCUAGAAUGAUUGUGCUUAUAUAAAUAUAUAAUUUUUUCCUAUUUUCGCUUCGUCCGGUUUGCAUUCACGGCAAACCGAGCCGAGGCUGUCCACGCCCGUUAAUGUGCAGCCGCUUCUAACGCAUGUUGUCCACUCCAAUGUCCGCGUGUAGGCCAACAGAAUGAGCGGCUGCAAGAAUUGUUAAUUGCAGGGAUGGAAAUCGUUAUUUUCUAUUUAAAAUGUGUAGAGGAGCUCCGCUGGAGGGCAGCACCGUCCAUUUUGUUUUUAGUUCUGGCUCGGGAAAGUCGAAAAUGGGGCGUGAAAGUCGCCUUAAUAAACGGGAAACUUGAAAAAGGGGGCGUGUCAUUUGGCACAAGCAAUGAGUUUUAAAAGGGGGCGUAGUAGUUGUCAUAAGAAACGGGAAUUUUGGAAAGGGGGUGUGGUAGUUCCCUCAAAUGACGGGAAAUUUGAAAAGUGGGCCUGGUAGGUGCCACAAUCUACUGGAAAUUUCUAAAAGGGGGGCGUGACAGUUGCCAAAUCGAUGAGAAUUUUGAAAAGGGGGCGUGGUAGUUGCCAUAAGCAAUAAGGAAUUUGUUAAGGGGGUGUGGCAGUUCCCUUUAAUAACGAAUAAACUUGAAAAAGGGGGCGUGUCAGUUUCCACAAUCUAUUGGAAAUUUGAAAAGGGGGCGUGGCAGUUUCCACAAUCAUCGGGAUAUUUGAAAAUGGGGCGUGGCAGGUCCGCGGAAACCUAAAAAAAUAUUUUUCCUCGCAACUAUGAAAUGGCGGUGCAUUAAACUGACAAAUUGGUGCCACCCAGCGGCAGCUCUGCGAACUAACCCGUGGCAACAAGCUUGCGAUAUGAUCUGGUCCAAAUUGAAAAUUUCCAUUCCUAUUGUAGCGCGAAAGUAAAAAUGAUAAAUGUGCUGCUUGGCGCGAGAUUUUUCUGUCGUUUUUAGUUCGUAAGACGUGCGCAUGCGUGCAGAAAAACAAAUCGAAACAAAAUAUGAGAGACGGCGUUUGUUGUACCUGUGUUGCUUUUUUAUACAUGUAUUGUUGUCGCCGCCGAUCGAGAGGCACGCGUGAGAAAAGGAACGAACGAACGAACACUCCUCUUAGCUGGUAUUAUUAUGUACGUCUAAUUAAUUAUGUAUGCAUUCAUUCAGCAUUGAAGCGAAAGACACGCCGCGCCACGCCGCACGUGACGCGCGCCGCGAUAGAAAAGAAAACGAAAGAAUUUUCAUAUUCCAAAUUGUUGUUACCACGAUCGACGUCUUUGUAGCUGUUUCUCUUUUUUUAUUAAAUUAUUUUAAGGCUUUAGGCUUAGCAGAAAAAACCAAGACAGAAUUUUCUCUAAGAAAAGUUGCCAUAUAUUAUUGUGCUUUUGUAUUUUCGUUUUCCAAAAAUAUCGUAAUUAUACACAUUAAAUAAGUAAUUAUUAAAUAUAUUGUACCAUUUUAAAUCCGCCUGAUUGCUGGAGUUCAAAAUAAAAAUUUAUAUCGAAAUCAAAGUAUUUAAA